AUAUUUUAUUGUCACCAUUGAAAGGAAGAAUGUGUGGUGGGAAAAAGAGCUCGACAGGUCCAAGAAUGUCCGUAUUAAAUGAAAAUAGAAAGUUUGAACAUCCAACAGAUAGCAUCUUAUAGUUAUCCACUGACACUUUACAGAUCAUCCAUUUUGGAGCCAAAUUGGCCAACAAUGGAAUCUCCCAGCAAAGCAAUAUGCAUGUAAUAUCUUUCUAUGUAAAGCUAAGUUGAAGUUUUUUGGAGUGGUUGAGGAUUUAUUUCAAUUUAUAAAAAAAUUAAUUGGGUUCUGUUUAAUUAUAAUUAAUUAGUUAGCAUUUUUAUUUGUUGAUUUCAUAAAAACAUUCACUAAAAAUAACUUGUGCAUAUCUCUAUUAAAACAUUUAAAAACACUACCUCCAAUUAAGUUUUUCCAUCUAUAAUGGUCUUUUCUUCUUGUGAAGCUUUAAAUUAUUGUCUUACCAAACAGGUGACCAUAAUACUGGAUGCUCUUGAUUAUGCAAACGUUCAUAGGAUAGAUCCUAAUCACUUGCAUAUAAGGUAAUGGACCUUUCUCUAUAAACUAAAACAAUUGGCUAUUAUUUGUUAUUUAUAGCACAAUAUGGUUUUGUAACUCAUGACUAAGAGUCAAACUCUUUUAAAAAUUUUAGUCACUCAUGAUCAGUAUUGACAUAAGUAGUUCAAACAAUCAUGGUCUUGACUGAUUCUAAUGACUUUUGUCAUGAUUUUGAAAAAUGUAAGAAGCACAGCUCAUGCUCCAAGCAUGGGUAAAUUCUGAUUCUUGCCAAUGAGUUCUGUCUUUGGUUAUAGAGGAUGCUAACAAAAAACAUAUCACAAAGGUUCUACCUGGUGUCUCACUCCUUGAAACAUUGGAUAGACGAUGAGCUCUAGCUUGACUGGCACUUCAUCUCUUUAUAAGUUCUAAGGGAAGGGUGAGGUUCUCCCUUAGGUAUAUCUGGAAUCUAUGAGAAGAAAUGCCAAAUGUAUGACUGAAUUCUAAGAUUGUCAUUAGGUGGCCUUUGUACUGGAUGCUCUAGAUCAAGCAGACAUUCAGAGGAUAGUUCCUAAUUGCUUGCAUAUAAGGCACUUGAGGAAAUUUAUCUAUUCUUUCUGGCUGGAGAAAUAAUUUAUUAUAGAUGGGAGCUGAUGAAAGUUGAUUAAAGUCGAAGGCCCUCAUAUUUUGUCCAAAUAGAGAAAAAGGAAAAUUCUCUUCAAGUUCUGCACCCACAAUGUACUUAUGAUUUCAAGAAGCUGGUCUGUUCCCUUACAAUAUGCUGCUGAUUUUUUGUUUCCCUCAUUUAAAAGAAGGAUAUGCCAAGGGAAACGGUCCCUAGUAUACCUGGAUAGAGAAAUCAUAAAAAGCAAGUGAUAAGUCCCUCCAAACUUGAAAAUCCUUAAGUGCAGGAAACAUGUUCAGGCAUAUGAAUCUUUGAUGAAAGCUUUUGUAGAACAUAAUAAGUUUGGUAAUCUUCAAUAUGGAUUUCGAGCAAAUACAUGGCUUGCUCCUCCAUCUGUUGCUGAUUCUCCAUCGGACUUCCCAUCACUACCAACAGAAGAUGAAAAUUGGGGUGGCAAUGGUGGUGGCUGGGGAAGAAAUGGUGAAUUUGAUCUUCGACCAUGGGCAACUGAUUUUGCAAUUUUGGCUUGCCUACCUUGUAAAACUGAGGAGGAGAGGGUGGUCCGAGACCGGAAGGCUUUUUUACUUCAUAGUCAAUUUGUUGAUGUCUCAAUCUUUAAAGCUGUUGCAGCAAUACGCCAUCUCAUAGAUUCCAAUAUGCAAGCGAAGGAUACAAUAAGCAGUAAACCAGACUCAGUCUUGCAUGAGGAUCGUGUGGGAGAUCUGUCCAUUAUUGUAAAACGUGAUACAACUGAUGCAGGCCCAAAAUAUGAUAUAAAAACUGAUGGCCGUCAAUUAUCCAAUAUGUCUGACAAGGAAGCUGCUCAACGGAAUUUGCUUAAGGGGUUAACUGCAGAUGAGAGUGUAGUGAUUCAUGAUACAUCCUCCUUGGGUGUUGUCAAUGUAAGGCAUUGUGGAUACACUGCUACUGUAAAGGUUGUUGGUAAUGUGAAGAAGGCAAAGUUUCACACUCAAGAUAUUGAAAUUGAUGAUCAACCAGAUGGUGGGGCAAAUGCUCUUAACAUUAACAGCUUGAGGUUUCUGCUUCAUAAGUUUAGUGCUGAACCAUCAGGAGGAUGUUGGUCACCUCAGUCUAACUUGGACGGCAUGGAAGUGUCCAGAUGUCUGGUCAGAAGAGUAGUUAAAGAGAGCUUGAAAAAGUUAAAGGAGAUGCCCAUUGAUUCUAAGAGGUCUAUAAGAUGGGAACUUGGUUCUUGUUGGGUACAACAUCUACAAAAGCAGGAAAGUCCAACAGGAAACAAGUCUAAAAGCCCAGAUGAUGAUAAUGGGGCUGAACAUUCGGUCAAAGGUCUUGGAAAGCAGUUUAAAUUUUUGAAGAAGAGGGAAAAGAAAGAAAAUUGUGCAAGUAGCACUGAUAAGGAAGAAAAUGAUUCUAGACCUGGCAAUCUGAAUUCGGAAACUGAUUUGGGAGAGCUAAGCAAUGGUGAACUCAAAGGUGUAGCAGAACCGGAGAAGCUAAUUUCUGAAGAUGCCUUCUUGAGUCUGAAAGAAACUAGGACUGGUCUUCAUUUAAAGUCAAUAGAUGAGCUGAUCAGGCUGGCACAUGAGUAUUAUGAUGAAGUUGCACUACCAAAACUGGUAACAGAUUUUGGGUCACUGGAACUUUCUCCAGUUGAUGGCCAUACAUUAACUGACUUCAUGCAUUUAAGGGGACUACAGAUGCGCUCUUUGGGUCAAGUGAAAAACUUCCCCAUAUACAGUCACUUUGUGUCCAUGAGAUGCUUGCUCGAGCUUUCAAGCAUCUACUUAAAGCAGUUGUCGCCUCUGUUGACAAUGUAGAGGACUUACCGGCGGCAAUAGCUUCGGCUCUAAAUUUUUUACUUGGAAGUUGUGAGACGGAAGAUAAUGACAAAGAAUUGAAUGAUGACCAUAUUCUUAGAUUUGAAUGGUUCUUUUUUCAAAAGUAUUUUCCAAAAAGCCAAGUUGUGGUUAAGAUGCAAUGAUAUGGUUAUAAGCAUUAGCUAUGUCUCGUAAAAAAUUUCAUGUGUUCAGGUGCUCUCCUUUGGAAAGGGACUGGCUGCCUUUUUCUAAAGGACUUCUUUGCCAUUUACUGGUAUUCUUACAUGUGUGGAUGGGUUUAUGGACAUAGCAAUGGUGCAAACAUAAGAAAAUGUCAAAGGGCAGUUGAAAAUUAACUACGGUGAUGUUUUCAUUUGCAGAAAUAAUGUUCUCUACAUUAGUAUAAGUCAUGUAGAUCAUCAGCAGUCAUGCUUUUAAUUUAAGAUAGUGGAUUUUGGAAAUGAGGAUUGGAAGAUCUUCUCCAAUGGAAUGAGCUAUCAUAUGUUUGAUGGAAGAGUAAUGCCUUAUUACUAUUGUGAUGAAUGGUAUCAUUGAUUUAACGGUGUGAUCAAUGAUGAUGAUGAUGAUGAUUGUUGUGUUGGUGGCUUGACAAUGUGAACACCCUUUCCAAAUAAUGUUAUUAUGGUGGACGAAAUUCAGCCACGUAGAAAUUGAGUUUAUAAGACUCGAAAUCUGCACAAUAUAUCAAUCUGACACUUUUAAACAUUCUCUUAGUUCAAACACCUUCUCACUCAGUCUCUUAGUUCAAACACUCAGUCUCUCAAACACUCUCUCUCAGUCUCUCAAACACUCUCACUCAAACACCCAAAUCAGUCAUCCUCAACCCCUCGGCGUGCAAAAAAAAUCACCUUUACCCUCAAACGCUCUCUUUUUCCUCACAAUCGACUUCAGACUAGAAAAUCCCAUACCUUGAAAAUCCCUUUUCCUCACAAUCGGCUUCACCCUCACCCAUACCUUGAAAAUCCCUUUUGUCCCUACCAACGGAAGUUUAGAUUUUUUCAAGUUUGAAGGUCGUUUACAGUCAGAUUUCCAAUCUGACUGCUGUUAUUGGUCAGGAUAUUAGCAACCAGUCCAGCUUCUGCAUUAGGGAUUGAAAUACUGACUGGGAUUGAGCCUUUAAUUUUUCAACCAACUUGGAUUUCUUAGCUUUUUGCAUCUAGAAGACUAAUGGAGACAUUACACAUCGCUUGUGUUCAGCAGCAGAAUUGAAGUUUUACUUCAAUAGUUUCUUUGAAAGAUCUGGGAGUACCAAUUACUUGAAACCUAAUAAGAACUGUAAUUUAACCUCAUGGGUGGAAGGCUAUGAGUCGGGAUGGGCUUGUAGUGUUGGCUCAAAUCAGAAGGUUAACCUAAAUGAUUCAAAGGUCAUCCCCGCAAGAACACUCAAUUGUCAGGCUUGUUGUGAGGGUUUCUUCUGCCCUCAUGGUCUUACCUGCAUGAUUCGGAAUCCAAACCAUACUUGUGGAGGAGCAAAUAUUUGGGCUGAUGUUGGUAGUAGCAGUGAGUUAUUCUGUUCAGCUGGAUCAUAUUGUCCAAGUACCACCAGCAGACAGACUUGCACUAGGGGACAUUACUGCAGGAUGGGUCCUACAUCUGAGAAAAGGUCAUCCAAAUGUGAAGGUCAUCCAUUCAUCUAAAGGUGUUGGUGAGCCUCCAUUUUUUUCUGGCCUUGGCUGUCUUUUUUGCCAUCAAAGAUGCCAUUACAGUUGCAAGAGCAGAAGUGGGUUGUAAUGACUGGUUUGCUCUGGAUAAUCCCGCAACACUUGAACACAUUCGGAUGGCUUGUUUGGAUGAGUUGACUGCACCAUUUAUAUGUCUAUUGUUUCCACCCUAAGCUCAGUGUUUGAUGCAAUAGCCUUAUUUCAAUUUAGCAUAUCUCUCAGUUCUCACUUUGUACAGUUUACUUGUCUUUAACAUAGUGGUUACAAAAUAAAAUGAAAUAAACUGACUCUGCUAGUCAGGGAAGAGCAAGGGGAACACCCUUUUUGUAAGUUAAAUAAUGGUAUUCUCAUUGUUUACUAUGUUACAAGAUGUACUUACAUCAGCACAAUUAGAGGAUCUCAACUUAAAAGAUGUACUUAAAUUUUGUUUCUAGAAAAAAUAUUGUAAUUUCAUUGCUAA